UGGAAAAUAUUGGCUUUGUCAGCCGCGCAUCGGCGGCAUCCUCAGUGCAGUCAUGACGGUGGGAAAAAGCAGCAAGAUGCUGCAGCACAUUGACUUCAGAAUGCGCUGUAUCCUGCAAGAUGGCUGGAUCUUUAUUGGAACAUUCAAGGCAUUUGACAAACACAUGAAUCUGAUCUUAUGCGACUGUGAUGAAUUUAGAAAGAUUAAGCCAAAGAAUUCAAAACAGCCAGAACGUGAAGAAAAGAGGGUACUUGGUCUAGUGUUGCUUCGAGGGGAGAACUUGGUUUCAAUGACUGUUGAAGGCCCACCUCCCAAAGAUACUGGUAUUGCUCCUGCUGGACUGGCAGGAACAGUACGUGGCGUUGGAGGACCUUCACAGCAGGUUAUGACACCUCAGGGUCAUGGUAAUGUGGUGGCAGCUGCUGCAGCCGCCACAGCAAGCAUUACUGGGGCCCCAACACAGUAUGCAGGUCGAGGAGGACCACCUCCACCAAUGGGCAGAGGAGCACCCCCACCAGGCAUGAUGGGACCACCCCCUGGCAUGAGGCCACCAAUGGGUCCACCAAUGGGAAUGCCUCCAGGCAGUGGAGGACCUAUGGGAAUGUUACCUCCAGGGAUGAGACCACCUCCACCUGGACCUCCACCACCUGGCAUGCGACCCACUCGGCCAUAAACCUGAUAAUUUUGCGUUACAACUCCUGACUUUUCUGUUUCACUGGACUGUUCUGGUUCUUGUUUGUUUAUAUUGUAAAUGAAGCAGUUUUUUAAAUAAACACCAUU